AUUAUAUUGCCAGCAUGGAGGCGGGUCCAAACAAUGACGUAGUACGUCCCAUUCCCUAUUUUUCAGUUUGGAAAAAUAAAACGCCAACAAAGAACAUUAUUACUGUAUAGUAAAAUAUACAUUUUGAAACAACUUAAAAUGUUAUAUUUCAACAGGUGUUGGGAUAAUUAGUCUCAUAUAUGUACUGUAUGCUGAGAGUGACAUACAGCAUUUGAUAUGUCGCGACAUAAACGGAUGUGACGUAUAACAUGCCGCGGCAUGUGUCGAUACUUCAAAACGCUUUCUCGGCGCAUGCGCAGGCUUGACGUUUCGCGGGCACUCUUUUGCGUUUUAAACAGCGCCAUUUAAAGCAAUUUAGCAACAAGCUUGUCGAGGGUUUGCCGUUAACAACGUAUUUCCAUCAUGUUGGUCAGCGCCAUGUUUUCCUACAUUCAAGGUUUUUUAAGCGCCGACCAGGACAUUCGAGAGGAAAUCCGCAAAGUGGUUCAGGCGCUUGAGCAGACUGCCAGGGAAAUCCUCACGGUGGUCCAAAGUGUUCACCAACCGUCUGGAUUUAAAGACAUCCCCGAAAAGUGUGCUAAGGCCAGAGAAUUGUUUGGUACAGUCCGGACGCACAUUGCUGACUUGAAGACAAAGUUCCCUGUGGACCAAUACUACAGGUUUCAUGAGCACUGGCGCUUCGUCCUGCAGCGUUUGGUCUUCCUGGCGGCAUUUGUGGUCUACCUGGAGAGCGAGGCCCUCGUGACCCGUGAGGAGGUGGCGCAUAUUCUGGACAUUGAGGUUGUACGCGACCAAGGCUUCCAUCUGGAUGUGGAAGACUACCUUGCAGGUUUGCUAAUCAUGGCUAGUGAGCUGUCACGCUUGGCAGUCAACAGCGUGACGGCGGGCGACUACAAGCGCCCGCUGCGCAUCUCCAACUUCAUCAACGAGUUGGACUCAGGCUUCCGUUUGCUCAACCUCAAGAACGACCCCCUUCGCAAACGCUAUGACGGCCUCAAGUACGACGUCAAGAAGAUCGAGGAGGUGGUCUACGACCUCUCCAUUCGCGGACUCGCCAAAGAUGCCAAGAGCGACCAGUAGUGACAGGAAGUCCCAAAAGCCGGUUCUGAUUGAGGGGUGUGUGAAUGUUAGCCCCUUUCACUCUAGAUACGGUGAAGCAGCACAUAUGGGCUACUUGAAAAGCGUCCGUUGUCAUGUUGGUGUGGUUUGGCACCCUCUGAAGGUUUUGUUGGUCUGUUGAGCAAGUUUUUAGUAAGAUAGUACUAAGCAGUAUUAGGGACACACUUGAAAGUUAGGGUUGAAAAAAAGCCACAUUUGUUUUUUUGGUGAAGGUAAAAAGUGAGGUAAAAACUAUGAUUUUUUUUUUUUUCCCCCCAACUUCCUCCUCCUGCUGUAUUUAAAUUACUAGUAGAGAUCCAAUCCAUUUGAACUGGUAGGGCUGGCUGCGAAUGAGCGACUGUUGUUUUGCUGCCAGCCUUCGUAAUGUUGAAAUACGAAUUAAUUAUGGUUUUGCUCCUCAAUUUUUUUUCUGUGUGACCCUAAUACGCUGAAGUGGACCUCGUGUUAUAUUUUUGCACUGUGUAUUUUUUCCGUUUGAUUUUCCAGAAAUCAUUUGUUGCCUUUUGUAUCAUGCAUUGUGCAAAAUGUAAAUAUAUUUGUAUACACAACCUUUGAAGCCAUAGUAGUCUUGAUUAAAAAAAAAAAGUCUGUUUGAAAUAUUUUAAUACGCUUGACAAUAUUUUACAAGUGGAUAAAAAUAAUACAGCCAAAAAAAAGCACAGUCAUGUUGGUGUACACAGUGAUCCGCUACACGAACAGCAUGGAAAUAUUCCGCUUUGAUGUCCGUUCUAGUCGCUGGAUAAAGUGCUUUCAACGAAAUAAAGCUCUCGCCGCUGA